UCCUCCAAAGAUCGAAAAUUUAUCUGACCAAGUAAAAGAAGUAUUAUUCAUAGAUCUAUCUAAAGUAGACGUUUUAUCAAGUAUUGAUUGGAAAAAUCUAAAGCAUGUACAAGCCUCUAGAGUCAUUAAAUUUAUACUAGCCGUGACAAGAAGUCAUUCAAACACCGAAAGCGCUGUAGAUGAUCUUGCAAAAUCUACGCUUGAACUUUUCAAUUAUGAUGAUGGUGAUCUUCGUAUACAAUCUCAAGAAAAAUUGAGGCUGGAAAUGUGUGGAUCAAAAACAUAUGCAAAACCCGAUAUGUGCAUUAAAUCAUCUCGUCUUGUAAUCAAGUUGUUAAUACAAGCAGAUAAUAAAGGUUUCAAUAAAGUUACCAAUGCUGAGUCUCAGGUUAUUGCAGAAGCAAUUGCAUCGUUUCAGGAAAAUAGCAAAGUAAAAAAAUUUAAAUCACCUUUAGAAGCACAGUUGAUCCCCUGUAUAACAUUUCUUGGAACAUAUCCCACGUUCUAUUUAUUUAAAGUGACUAAGAUGCUAUCGGAAUGUGUAAAAAUGGGAAACUGCCCUGAGAAAAAAACUAUAGUUAAAAGAUAUGGCAUUUCGGCAGAAAUAGAACCCUAUCUUUUGAGAGACGCAAUGCUGGUACAGGAAUAUAGGCAACAUUUCUUUCAAUGUUAUGAAGCCUUCAAAAAAUUUGUGGGGAGUGAUAUGUAG